AUGAACAUAACACCUGGAUCCAUCUUCUGCCUGUCCAACCUCAUCAACGCCUUCUACCAACAAUUCGCCAGCAGUCGCCAGUUGGAGAAACAAACAAGUGACCUCUAUCGGUUGGUCCAAGGACGUACCGAGUCGGUACGCGAUUAUUUUAACCGUUUUAAUUGUGAGAAAAUUAGUAUAAAAAACUGUGAUGUCAGGACAGCCAUCGAAGCAUUCAAGAGAGGCCUCGUCCCCAACUCGGAGCUGUACCGGGAACUAACCAAAUAUCCCUGUGCAACCUUCGAAGAGGUCAGAUCGAGGGCCACUGCCCAGAUGCGAAUUGAAGACGACGAGAUUACACGAAUGGUUUCUCAGCGACCAGCAGGGGGCAGCAGCGACAGGAGGUCGUACACCCAAAGGAAUAACAGCUGGAGACACCAACCAUACAACCGCCAGAAUCAGGUACAAAAUGUCAAUCAAUAUGAUGAUACUAACAAUGUUUACAGGAAUGAACGGGUCGUUUAUCCCCCCAUCUCCGAGUAUGGCUUCAACGUCGACAUCGGAGGCGUGGUGAACGCCCUUCAAAGUGUAGGUGGUACCGUCAGAUGGCCUAAGAAGAGCGACAGACCAGACUCUACGAAGGACAUGAGCAGGUGGUGCGACUUCCACCGCGACAAUGGCCACACAACCGAGGAAUGCAUCUCCCUCAAAAAGGAGGUAGCGUAUCUACUGAAAAGAGGCCACCUGAAGGACCUACUGAGCGACAAAGGAAAGGAGACGUACAACAAAGAUAGCAACUCCCAACCCAACCCAGCACCAAGCGGCGACCGACCGGCCCCGCCCACGUUCAAAAAAGUGGUAAACGUUAUUUCUGGUGGUUCAGAUAUAUGUGGACUAACUUCUUCUGCAGCUAAAAAAAUCAACAGAGGCGAAUCUGAAGCCGUCAAAGAGGGGCAAACCGAAGACGAAGUAGCACUCGACAAGUCAUUAGCAGCGAUGAUAAUAACCUUCGACGACUCAGAUUCAACCGACACACAACAGGAACAUCAUGACGGGUGUGAGGCAAUUACUACUUGUUGGCGAUUAUGA